AUGAAACUUCUUGUAAUAUGCAUAUUACAUCAUUUAAAUUCAGUGUCAAAACAUGGCCAAAUUCAGUUGUCAAAACACCUCAAACAUGGCCAAAUUCAUAUCAGUCCAAAAUUUUCAUGUUUCAGAGAAGUUUACAAUUUUUGUGGCCUCUUGAUACAUUUUUUUAAUCAAGAACUGUCAAUUUUACAUCCAUUUAACUCCAUUGAUGGUGGAACAGGAGGAGCAGCAGCAGCACAAGGAGCAACUCCUUACAGUACAAUUUUGGAGUACUCUUGGUGUAAAUCAACUUCACUAAUUUUCAGGUUCAGAUCAAUCAGCCACAAUCAGUCCAUUUUUCAGGAAGUACCUGCAGCCAAUGCAGUCGCCGACAUCAGCAGCAGAUGCAGUCGCCAACAGCAGCAACAGGUCCGCGCGGACUCGAUCGGGCGGGCUGCAGCGGCAGCAGUAGGUGGCGGGCGACGGCAGCGGCAGGUGGCGGACGGAUGGCAGCGGCAGCAACAGGUCCCGCCACCUGGGAAGACCCGCGUGGCCCUGCCUGCCGAAGUCAGGGAGAGGGGAGCGGCGGCUGGGAUUGCCGCAGGCACGAGGAACCUGCGCCGGCGAGGAGGGCGACGAGGAGGAGGCGCCCGUCGAGGUGGUCGCCUUGGAGGAGCAGCUGCAGUCGGGGUCGGGCUCCUUGGUGGAUGGAUCGGGCGACGGAAGAAGGAGGAAGAAGCUGAGGGGGGGCUGAUUUGCAACAGUUUAAAACGUAGAAGAGGUUUUUUUGCAAAAUUAGAGUUGAACUAAGUCGCGGACAACUUUUCCCGGACGGAGGGAGUAGUAGGAAACAAUACCGGAAGCAGAGUAGCAAACUCGGUUUACGCACUGCAAAGAAGAGCUGUCUUUGCACGACACGCACCAGGAGACUCCCUGGUCAGACUAAGCACUGAUGAUUGGCAAUCAAGUACAGACAGUUGAGUCCAGCAUCUACAGGAUGCGGGAUGGAAGUUGGUUCAGAAUAUAAAUGGAUGAGGGAUGUUAAUUGGUU